UGCUGAUUUGAUCAAACCGAAAAGGUCAGCUCUUGUGUUGUGUGUGCCUCUAGUGUCUCGUGUCUCCUCGGGCUUGAAUUGCCCGACGAAAAAAAAGAAAGCAAUUGACUGACAGUGACACCCGACACUCAAUCAUCCUAUGGCUGCGCUAUCAAUACCCAUACCGUACUAUCGUUCUCACUCCCAUGCCCUGUACAUGCGCAGUAGCUUAUCCAUAUCUUGAUUAAAUCAUGGCUCCCCACUUCAUCGACGACAAAACUGAGAUUUGCCUCCCCUUCAUUCUCUCUCAGCUCAAACUCCACCGCGAAGAGUCUCCCGACCGCCCCUUUGUCAUCGGCCUCAACGGUAUUCAGGGCGCCGGCAAGUCUACCCUUGUCAAGGCACUGAGCAAGGCUCUUGAGAGCCAGCAUGUGCCCACCCUUGUCUGUAGCAUAGAUGAGUUCUAUCUCACUCGCCAGGAUCAGGUUGCCCUCGCUGAAGCCCACCCUGACAAUGCCCUUGUUCAGCAUCGUGGGGAGCCUGGAACUCACGACUUGCCUCUCCUCAAAGCCUUCUUUGAGGCAUUACUAAGAGGAGAGCCUACGAAGCUGCCAAAAUACGACAAGGCCAUCAAGGGUGGUAAAGGUGACCGCCUCCCAGAGUCCGAAUGGCUUCCUGUGAAUCAGCCAGGCCAGGAAAAGAUCCAGGCUAUCAUUCUCGAGGGAUGGUGUGUAGGCUUCCGUCCUCUGACCCGUGAGGAUGUUGAGGCGAGACUUAACAUGCCCAACCGAACUCUCAAACAACACAAACUCGAGGAUCUUCUAUUCGUGAAUGAGAAGCUCUCCGAGUAUGACUCCGUCACAGAUUCCUUCGACGCCUUCAUUCAAAUCGACGCAGAAGAUCUUGGCUACGUCUACGGUUGGCGAUUAGAGCAAGAAGAUCACUUACGUGAGGAAAGGGGUGACCCAGAAGCGGGCAUGACCUCCGUGGAAGUGGUCAAAUUCGUUGACGGUUACUAUCCUGCUUAUGAGCUCUAUACUGAUAGGAUGAGAAAAGGAGUUCUCGCCAACCGACCGGGCCGACAAUUGAGGAUGGUAGUAGGCCGCGACAGAAAAGUAAAACAUGUCCGACGAGUAUAAAAAGGGGGCACACGGCAACUCAUCUCACCUCCACUCACAACCGAACAAACCAAACACAACAAACCUUCACGACAGACUAAUGAACCAUUCACGGCCCUGAACCGUUUUCAGCGAAAUUAUAUUCUACUUCAUCAAAGAUGUGACCAUCGUAGCGAAUCUAUAAACAACUCCCUUGUAAGUGAGCUCAUUUCUGCUCUAGGUGCCUUGCAAACCUCACAGAUAUCUCACGCUCUGAUAUCGAGUAAAUCAGACUCAACUCCAGCAUAAUGCAAUCAUAUCGGUCGUAAACUCAUUUCCCGAAAAAUGAAAAACCAACGGCUCUGUCCAUACGCCACGCAUAAUCUAGGCAGUUUUAUCCUCCACCACUCGCUGGCCGUCCUGCUUCAUCUUAGAGAGCUUUCGGUCAAUGGCCUGUGUCUUGAGACGGACAGCUUCUUCACGAUUGGCUGCUUCUUGCUCGAACUCCUGAAUGAUUUUGCGCUUCUGUCUUCUCGAAUCCAGCAGCUUUUGCAUGAGUGCGCUGAACUCAUGGACAAACCAUUCUCCCGAGGUUUCCCAAUUUUCCAUCGACAUAUUGGAAAACAGGUCAUGCUGUUCCUUUUCACCCAGAUGACGAAAAUGCUCAAGUUUGUCUUCCAAAUUGUCAGCAUUGACUCCAGUGCCCUUCUGCCCAUCUUUAGAAGGGUCAAAGUCGAAAGGCUGCUGUCGAAGGGAGGCAAAUGUCAUAGAGUUAAGAGCCACAUCGUCGUACUCAGGGCUUGGGCGACGUCGCUUUCUGUCGAGGCGACUAGUGUUUGACAUGAAGUUUGUCGUAGCUGGCAUUGAGCUCUCCAAGAGAGUUCUUUGAACCACGGGCUUGGCAGGCUUGGGCCUGGGCGUUGUAUGUUCUUCUUCCUGAGAUGCAGACUCAGCAUCUUCAUCAUCCAAAUGGUGGACAGUCGGCUGCCGAGAGCUCUCAUUUUUGUAGUGCGUUUGCCAUUGCGUUUGCCGUUGCGUUUCAGGGCGCCUGGGUGAUAUAUUCCUUGCUUGGUUCGUGUCGUAGGCCUCUGAUCGGCCGGAAUGUGACUUUCGAAUCCUCACUUCACGCAUGGGGAUUUUGGAGUCCUGUCGUGCCGGGGAGUCCGGUCGAGUUCGACCAUGUCCGUGGUGGCCAUUGAGCUUUCCAUGCCUCACAUUUACAUCAUCCUGGAAACCAUCGCCUAUAUGAUCAGCAUUGUGUUGCUGUGACCUACUGACCACGUUCAUACGAAGAUCAUCACCAACAGUGAACAAGUCACUUGUCGGUGGAGGUCGAUGAAAUCGAUUGCGGUCAGGGAGGCGGUGUGACGGAAUGGUCUUCUUAAGAUCGCGAGUCAACUCCGGCCCAAGCUUAACGGGAUCGGAUGGCUCGUUGUGUGGAGUCGUAAGACCAGACUCCAUGAAAUUUUCGUCAAGUUGCGAACCAGAGAAGAUGUCGACCCGGCGAUCACUUGAGUCUGCUUUAAUCCGGCCAUCUGGAGAAGAUAUUGUCGAGCGCACUGGUGAAUGAUGCGGUGGUGGUUGACUGAAAGGAUAGUUUUGUUUUGGGGGCGCGGUGUUUCUACCACCGAGCCCCGUGAUCUCCCGAGGAUAGCUAGUAGGACGAGGUAUAGGAGCUGUGGGAACAUUUUGUGGUGGUUCUGACUUCGUGGGCUUAACAUCCACCCCAGAUUGAGCUUCGUUCGUUCGCGGGCCACCAUUGGCGAAAGCCAGAAGCCGACCGCCUUUGUCCUUCAGACUGGGGGGCAUCGUGAUGUUGCUUCGUUCGAAUAGAAGAUAUCCCGAAAGGCCUGGAGCGUUGUCGGCGCGCGCCGGUAACUGAAAGUCUUCAAGGCUUCGUGUGAUUAUAGACUUGUGUACGUCGAAUUUAUUGCUGGCGAUGGACUGUGCCCUUUGAUUAAAACAAGUGAAUUGAAUGCGGAUGAAAGCAAAUCUGAAGUUCUUGCACCAGGCUGGAAUCCCCAAUAACUAAAAGGGUAUCGUUCGUUGCAGGUUGUGAGGUGUGAGUUGUGAGUUGCACGAACCUGAGUGUUGCGUUAAAGAUAAGGAAAGCAUAUCAAAUUGGGAGUCGCGGUUUCAGUUCAUACACGCCCAAAGGAACGACGGGCAGGGGCGCGCCCAGAGAAAGCGCAAAGCGCCUAGACAGUCGCGACGUCAGGUGACGUUGGCGGGGAAGCUUCCAGUGGAGAUCAACUUCCCGGUCACCUUAUCCUUGCAUCUAAGAUCCAUAACUUCACUUACAUGAAUGAGCCUCACCUUGACGCUCAACGACCUCGC